AGUUAUUUACAAAUUUACCACUCGCUAUUAAGAAAAACCCUAAUUUUUCUUUUUUAACGUUUCUCUCUAUCUUUUUCACUGUUCAAUUUCAAAGUUUAGUGAUAGUGUUAGGGUGACUAGCGAUGGCAACAGCUACGUACCCUCCACCACCGCCGUAUUACAGGCUCUACAAAGAUUACUUGCAAAACCCUAAAUCGGCACCGGAGCCUCCGCCACCAAUCGAAGGCACCUACCUUUGCUUUGGCGGCAAUUACACCACUGAUGAUGUACUUCCAAGCUUGGAAGAUCAAGGCGUACGGCAACUCUAUUCCAAAGGACCCAAUAUUGAUUUCAAGAAGGAAUUAAGGUCGCUUAACAGAGAAUUGCAACUACAUAUUUUGGAGCUUGCUGAUGUUCUUGUUGAGAGACCAUCACAAUAUGCAAGACGAGUGGAGGAGAUAUCUCUUAUGUUCAAGAACUUGCACCACUUGCUCAACUCAUUGCGUCCUCAUCAGGCUAGAGCAACACUAAUUCACAUUCUAGAACUUCAGAUACAGCGCCGUAAACAGGCUCUGGAGGAUAUUAAGAGGAGGCGAGAAGAAGCACAAAGGCUGCUCAAGGAGUCACUCGGGACCUUAGAUGGACAGUAGCAGACUGAGUUUGAGCUUUUGUUGCAAAUUGCUUUUGUCAUGAUGUCCAUUCCAUAAACAAAUCUUAUGUUUCCCUGGAAUCCUUGGAGUCUGAAAUAUAGAUGGAUUGUAGUUAAAAGCAUGUCAGUUUCAUUUUCAUUCAAGAGGAAUGUAUCUCGGUCUAUAAAUGUAUUGAAACCACUUGCAGACUGUAAAACCAUCUAGGAUUGACAAUUUGUCAUACCAUUUUCGUUUCAUUCAGCAGUUUAGUUUAGUCAUUUUACUCGUUACUUUUGAUUCCAAAUCUCACCAGGGCUUUAAAAUACAAGUUUGAAUCUUGGGACGGGAAGGGAUUAUUUUCCAUUGUGUACUGUAGAUCAAUAUUAUAUGUACCAAAAAA